AUGGCGCGCACACACUCGUCGUACACGGCCAGCCCGACGCGCACGCGCUCCCCGCACCGCAGCCCGGCGUCGCGCAGCAGCUCCGAGGACGGCUCGCAGUACGAGAUGGACCUGGACGCGCUGGGGCUGGACUCGACGUUCGAGUCGGCCGCGCUGGAGGGCAGCUUCGAGCCGCGCGUGGACCGCGUGGCCACCAGCGACGUCGAGGGCCCGGACGACUUCACCAUGAACAUGACCUACUGGAUGACGGCCGACCUGCCGCCCCCGGCCGCCGUGUCGCGCAACAAGCGCCGCAGAGGCAGCCCGCCCGCCAGAGCCACCGACACGUCGGCCUCGGAGCGCUCCAUGCCGAACGAGGAGAAGGUGCGCAGCUUCCUCAGCGCCCUGCCCGACGCCGCGCCCGCCUCUGCUCCUCCCACCCCCCGCGCCCCUGCCCCUGCGAGCAGCCCUCUGCGUGCCCCGCGCCCGAGCACGCUGCAGGUCCCGCGCCCCUCGCCGCCCAAGGCCCGCUCGCUGCAGGCCACCGUCGAGGACUGCGACGCCCCGCGCAAGCCCAUCCAGCGCCCCGUCGUCCGCCCCUCGCCCGCCGCCCGCGACGACACGCGCGUCACCGAGCUCGAGACCAUUCUCGCCUACACCCGGAACGAGCUCGAGGCCGCCCGCAGCGAGAACUACACGCACAAGGACGCCGUUGCGCGCCUGGAGCGCGCGUCUGAGGAGCACCGUGCUAGCCAGGAUGCUUCUGCUGCCACGGCCAACAGUCGCCUGAGGGCUGUCGAAGACGCGCACGCCGUAAGCCUGCAGCAGCUCGAAGAGAAGCUGCGCGGGGACCAUGCGCGAGCACUUCAAGCGCAGCAAGAGCACCUCACGCAAACCUCCGGCGUAGAAAGGACCGAGCUACAGAACAAGCUCGCACUGCUACAAAUCCGCGCAGACACUCUCCAGGCAGAUCUGGCACGUGCGACCGCAGAGGCUGUGGCCGCUCGUGCAGAUAGCCACCGCAUCGCGUCCCUUGAGACACAGCUUCGAGACGCCCAGGCCGCUCGUGCAGACGACCACCAUUCUCGCAUAGCGACUCUCGAAGCACAGCUUCAAGACGCCCAGUUUUCGCUCGAAUGCUCACAGGCCGAUGUCGCUGCAAAAGCACAGCUGUUCCAGACGAACAUUGACCUCAAUGCCAGUCUUCGGACUCUGCGCGGCGAGCUCGAGACUCAGCGCAUCGCCCUUACAGACCGAGGGUCAAAGGUCGACAGCACGUCGGCAGUUGACGAACAGCUGCAAGCAGAGCUCACUGCGAAAAACCAGAUCAUUGCCCAGCAUGCCGCGGAAAGAGACGACCUGGAACGUCAGCUCAGCACAGCGCAGGGCCGUACCAUCAGCCUCGAGACAAGCCUCACCACACUGCGCACGCAACUUGCAGAUGCACACCGCGAGAGUGGAAGCGCCCGCACAGAUGCAGAGCGACUGUCCCAGGAUGUUCGAGACGCGAACGAGCGCCUCAUCGAUGCGCACGCAGAAACAGAGCGCCGCGUAGCCGAGAUCGAGAAAAAGCUCACCAGAACAAAAGACCUGAAAGCCGAAGCCGAAACCAAAUUCAGAGAACUAAAAUCGCAGCACGACGACCUCAUCGAAUGCCACGCGGCAAUGCUCGAAGACGUCCGCGACAAAGCCGAAGACGCCGUGCGCAAAACAGGCGCCCUCCUCGCGCAGGAACGCAAGGAGAAAUCCCGCCUCCGGAAAGACGUCGCGCGACUGCACUCCGAGCUCGACGCCCUGCGCGCAGAACCCACGCGCACGCCCCCAGCCGACGCGGACCCCACACCGCCCGCCGACCCAAACGACGCCGCUCUCCGCGCCCUCGCCGAGUCUCACGCCGCCGCCCUCAAAGCCCUCAAAGCCUCCCAUGCCUCCGACACCGCUGCCCUCGUCCGCUCCCACGACGCCGCACUGCACGCGCUCCAGUCGCGCCUCGACGCCCAGGCCGCCGACCACGCGGCCGUCAACGCCGCGCUGGACGAGCAGCUGUCGCACCUACUCUCCAAGCUGAUGAAGGAGCGCGCAAGGCACGUCGUGGGCCGCCGCGACGGCCAGUGGGAGGAGGUGCAGCGCGGAGCGGCGGGCGAGAAGGAGUUGCUGGGGAAGGUGCUGAUGCGGCAGUGGGGGAGGGAGGAGUGUGGGGUUGGGGGGAAGGAAGGGGGAAAGCAAGUUUUCGAGUACCAGUAUGUGAAGAGGGAACGGUAGGCGGUGGCUUGGGAUAUGUUGGUACUUUGAUGAUGAUGAAUUAUGAAUUGAUAUGGACAUGCUCGCUUGUAUCAGCGUGCUCUGUAUGUAGACUAUUAGUCGAUGUCCUUCCUUACUAUCAGACAAACCUGAGACUAUGAAUACAGUUCUAUUGCCCCGUGCUCAAAGCGAAAGAAACAAAC